GCCGUUUCACUCGCGCGCACAAAACAUCGUGCAGCAGAGAUUGCUGAUGGCAAGGGACGAUGGACCGGAAGGCCGCAGGAGGAUCCAGGCUCCUUUCCGGAAGGAAACGAGACUUCGGAGACUUCGGAGCACGGGAUGCCAGACACCCCGGCCCCGGAGCAGCCCCAGGAGGAGGAGAAGAUCCGCGUCGCUCCCGGCCAGUCCCUGAAGCCUUCGACCACUGACGUGUUCGAGCGGCUUCACGCCUACCAUGCAGCAAGUCUGGAAAAGAAGGCGCUGGUGCAGAAGCUGGCGGCUCAGCAAGUAGAGGCCCAGGCCGAGACGCUGAAGCGCUGCACGGUACGCACCUGCUCCUCAGAAGAGGAGGCCUUGCAGAUCUACGGGCGCCUGUAUCAGGAGGCGGCUCACCGGCGAAGGAGGCAGGUGGAGCGCGAGCAGGAGGAGACUCUCAGCUCCCAGUGCUCCACCUCUUCCCUGAGGAGUCAGGUGGAGGGGCCUCCACGCUGGGAGCAGCUUUACCACAGCGCGCCUCUCAAAGAGAAGCGUCUUGGGGAUGAACGGAAGCGAGCUGCAGAAGAGGAGGAGCGCUGGCUGGCGCAGCAUUGCAUCCAUCGCAGCAGCGACAAGACAGAGGCGGCAGAGAUCUUCGACCGACUCUAUGGCGAAAGCGAAAGCCGUGAGCGCCGCCGGGAACAGCGCAAAGCUGCAGAGGUUGCCUCCCAAGUGCGCGAGCUGGCUGAGAGCUCUGUCCACACCCGCACGCUUUCGGUAGCGGACUUGGAGCUCAGAACAAGGCGCCUCUAUGAAGACGGCCUGCAGCGACUGCAGAGACUGGAGGAGAAGAGGCUGCAAGAGUCCCUGCCGACGGAGGCACCUCGUCGUUCCGCCUCGGCGGGGCCUUCGAGGUUCGAGAUGCUGUACAGCGAUGCUACCCGCCGAGACGAAGAUCGCAAGUUCUGGCAGAAAUGCCACGAGAAGGAGGAGUUGGAGAUGUCUCAGCGUCAGUUGGCCGCGAAAGCCCCUCAAUGCAAGCGCCAGGUUUCGGCCCAAAGGACGCCUACUCCGCAGAAGGCUCCCAACAGCGCCAGGAGUCAUCAAAGAGGGGCCGCUACGGCAGACGUCGACGAGCUGCAGAUGGCGCAGGAAGCUCCAUUGCCAGCUCAUUCUGCCUUGGUGCUGCCUGGACAGUGCCUACCUGAGAGAGACCUCCUACCAGGAGGUGGGUCAGGCAGACAUCAGCCCAAGAUUCCCACGGUUGCGCUCAACCGCACUAGUAGAAACGAAGGGCUGGCUCAGGGACCCCCAUCUGGCACUGCCCUGCGGCGUGCACAGAGCCCUGUGCCUGUGCCCAGAGCAACCUCCCCACUGGCAGCAGGGAGCAAGCUCCAAUCAGAGCCAUCCGCGGCAGCUUCGCCGUCACGGAGACAGACGCCAAGACAGCGUUCUCAGACACGCGCCGGGAACAGCAAUGGAGGCAAAGAGCGUGCAUCUUCGGCGCCGAGGUCUUCAGCCGCCUGCACUCCCGUGGCGGAGCCUACUUCCGGCAGACCAGGUGGUGCAGCGAAGGACAGUCUCCGUGCUCCGCGUGCUGAAGAUCUGGUCGCAGCUGGCGCAAAGCGCGUCCAGAGCCCCAAGCCGCACACGCCACGAGCGGUCGCCAGCCCAGUGGAUGGCACCAAAGCCAGAGGCGCAUGCACAAGUGAUCGACUCGCGCCCACGCGUGCGCCGGAAGAGGCUGAUACACGCUCGCAGGGUCGUGCAGCAAGAGCCACGGCCGUUUGCUCGCCGAAAGUAGGUCCCAACAGGGACGCCACACCUCCGCCGCGCUCGAAAACGCCUCCGCCAAAUGCACAGGCGGGCUUGCGUCCAAGCGGGACGAUGCCGAGCGAGCGAGGAGCAAAUACUCCACCGACGAAAGCAUCUCCUCCGGAACGAGACAAGACGCCCAAGGCAACGCCUCGAGCGCCGGGAAAGGCUUCAACCCCGAGGGCGGCUUUCUCGAAAGCAGACCGAGGUCCAAGCAUGUGCGAAGGCAGAGGCACCACUCCGCCUCCAGCAAAGGCGAGUGACAGCGCCAAGACCCCUCCCAAGGCUGCGCAGCGCAACGACACCGUGCAGAGGCCUCCGGAGGCGCCACGGGCGGCUUCCCGAAGUGCCGCGAUCCGGACAGGCGCAUGGCCACGCUGA